UACUGUAAAGGUGGAAAACUAGCCCCCCCAAAACCCUCCUCUCUCCCUGACAGUUGUUAUUCAGAUAGAGCUAACGUUACACCCAAAGCCCCGACCGACCCCCUCCUGCUCCUGCUGCUCCACCCCUCCGCCGCUGCACCGCUCCUGCAACCGAGAUGCACACGGAGACCCGUAAUAAGAAAUGCCAGUCGACUCCUAAGCAGAAGAAGAGUGCCGUCGGCGCCCAGAAGAAGCAGAGGAGUCCGGCCAAGCAGAGCGCCCUGACCCCACAACAACAACAACCGCCGCCGUCAUCACCACCGCCGCCAGCGGCCCGGGAAGAGGAGGAGAAGGAGGAGGAGCCGGCAACCAGGCUUCGGCCGCCGCAGCAGGAGGAGGAGGAGGAAGCAGGCGAGGAAGAGCAAGAGGAAGUGGCGACACAGUCUGUGAAGAAGAAGGAGGAAGAGGAGGAGGAGCGGGAGGAGGGCGAGACAGACAUGCCCUCCAUACAGAUCAAACCAGAGCCAGAGGAGAUGGAGUGCACGCAGGCAGAUGUAGGUGACGACUGCUCGCAGCCAACAGAUCUGAAGGUGAAGACGGAGCCUCCAGUUUGCAAGACAGAGCCCUCUUCGCCCCAGCCGUGCCCCGCCGAGGACCAGACCGAACCUGUUGACCUGUCGCUCAACAAGCCCCGCUCCUCUUCGCUCCCUGCUUCUACAACAAGCACCACAGUCAACCCUGCACCCAGCGGCGCCGUGACCCAACCCAGCCUGUCGGCUACACCAGUCCCCUCUGCUGUACAGUCAAUAGGCUCCAUGGUUCUCUCUCCAGGCUCCAUCUUGGCCACUCAGGGUGCCGGGGGCCAACAGAUCCUUCAUGUCAUCCAUACAAUCCCCUCGGUCAGCAUGCCCAGCAAGGUGGGCCAGCUCCAGACCAUCCCUGUGGUUGUGCAGUCGCUGCCUGUUGUUUACACCACCAUGUCUACUGACGGCGUCGCCACGGCAGCCAUUACAGUGCCGCUCAUAGGCAGUGAUGGGCGCUCAGAAGGAUCUGUUCGUAUUAAGCCGGGUUCAACUUCUCCGGUGGAGUAUCAGAGUGACAGUGAUGCAGAGAGCGGUACAGAGUCUGGAUCGGCCUCCCUCAGUGCCCAGAGCCUCGACGCCGGGUCGGUAAUGGACUUAGAGCCCGUCGAUCCAGAUUCGCCAGACAUCAAGAGGAGGCGGAUCCACAUGUGUGACUAUGAAGGCUGUAAAAAAGUUUACACCAAGAGUUCUCACCUCAAAGCCCACAGAAGGAUACACACAGGAGAGAAGCCCUACCACUGCACCUGGGAGGGCUGCACCUGGCGCUUCGCCCGCUCCGACGAGCUGACUCGACACUUCCGCAAGCACACGGGGAUCAAACCUUUCCGCUGCACUGAGUGCGACCGCUCCUUCUCCCGGUCCGACCACCUCUCCCUGCACCGCCGCCGCCACGUCAUGAUGUGAACUCUGACCUCCUUCCUCCCCCGAACACCCACAACUCCCCAUCAACCUCCCCUAUGAACCAGCCCCUAACCCCUCAACAUCUCAGUCCCUCACAGCACAUCUUGUACCAAUGCCCCCACCCCACAUGAACCUCUGCUUCUUCCUGUUUCCAUUCUGAUCCAUGCUGCCCCCCCCCCCAAAUCAGGAUUUUAAACCCCAUCAGCAGAUAAAAAAGGCACUGUACCUCCUUCCUCCUCCUCCUCCUCCUCCUCCUCUUCAUCUUGAAAUCACAGGAAUAUCAGGAAUGUGUCUGUGUGGUUGUGUGUGUGUGUGCAGUGGAGGCUAGGGGAUUUUUACUGUGUGUGUUUCAACACAUAAUCAUCAUCAUCAUCAUCACCGUCCACCCAACAGCCCUCCCACCCCAAAACAGUCCCCUCCCUACCACCCUCCAACUCAACCCCACCCAUCACAUAAGACGUCACCUCCUCGGAAAGAGAAGGAUGGACUGAAGGACAUCCAUCAGCACGGACGUUCAUCCAUCCAUCCAUCCAUCACAUGCAUCCAUCCAUCCAUCCAAAGGAGAGGAGGAAGAGGAGGGGACAAGAGGAGGAGUGAUGUGUAUUCUUAAAGGGAAUCUUAAGCAGGAUGUCACUUCAGCUGCCCUUUUCUUUUUUAACAAUAUCAAUUCUGUACAUAUCCAGAGUUGGGAAGUUAUGUGACUUAAGACAAAAUUUCAUAUUUUAUGGAUUUUUGGAAGCAAAGGUGGUGACUCCCAAAAAUACCUCAAAUAGCCCCUUUUCACCACAGGAACUUUUCCAGGAACCUUUUGAGGGACUCAAGAACUUUACCAUUUUGACUCGAGGAACCAUGGCAAAAUUCCCAGCUUUAAUCCUCUGCCCGUAGUUCCUGAGCCCAAAAAAGUCCCUGUUCUCCAGGUCUCAAACAAAUACGUAAUUGGACUUAUUUGCAGAAUCCUCAGAGUUUUCCAGAUGCAGUGGAAAUGUGCAGAAGGGACUCUUAGUUCCUGGUACUGUUUGGAAAAGAGUCUAAAUCAACCGAAACUCAUUUGGAUUACAUCAAUUUGUGGUCACAAUAUUUGGAUAAAUUAUUUACUAAAUUGUAAUGAAACUUGAAAGUAAAGGCUUCCCAACCCUGUGCGUACCAGUGUAUGAGUGUGUGUGUAUGUGCAAGUAGUGAGCUUUUUCACAGCAGCAGAAGUGACGUCAAACAUAUGUUUCCUCUUUGGCAAACAUCUGUCUGAGGCUUAGAGCUUAAAGUUCUUUAUUUUGUCCCCCCCCCCCCUCCCCUGGUACAGGGAGCUACAAGACUGUGAACUUUAUAAAGAUUAAUUUGUUUUCAUUGUAUCAAUCACAUUAUUGUCAUUUGCGUGUUCUCCCCCAGCACACACCUUUCUGAUCCUUCUUCGAUAACAGUAUUUGCUUUUUAUGCGUCAUUGUUGCUGUCGUUUCAUAAUAAGGCCUUCAGUUCUGUCUUUUUUUUCCUUCUUUGCCAGGUUUGGCGCUCUUAACAGAAUGGCAUCGUUUUUUAUAAUGAUUUCAGAUCCCUUUGUUGUGUUCUGAGGCUGUGAAAAAAACUGAGGAGAUACAAGUAGUUUGAGAUUACAAGUAAAACUUGCGCAGGGAAUAGGGGAGUGUGUGUUUUUUGCGUGUGUGUGUGUGUGUGUGUGUAUGUCUGUCUGUGGGUGAGUGUGCAUGUUUUGAGACAAACACAUAAUCAGAAUUUAAGAUUUUUACGAGUGUGUGUUCCGGGCACUUGUUGUUCUUUUACCUCUUGCCCGUUGAGCCUUAAUAACUGAAGUCAAUCUGUAAGGGCGAAACCAGAACCACUGACAGAGGACGUUUGGCCAAAGAACAACUGUGAGUCUCCAUUUAUUAAGACACAACACUGUUUGCCCAUGAGUACCGUGUCUUGUUUUUCUCAUUGCUUUCUGUGGAAAGGAUGUUCCUCACAGCAGUGAGAGCUUAGCUUGUUUUUAAGUGUUUAGAAACCAAGAAAUUAAAGGUGCUACAUGUGGAACUUUUAAAAUUUACAUUUUAAUUUGGAGACAAAAUUGCCUUGUAAACAAACAAGACUGUUGCUGGGAAGCCUGUCAGUCUUUGCGGGCUUCUACUCAGCAUUUUACAUUGUGAAAUCUGCUGGAUUGCUUUUUUGCCACAAAACAUGAGAGCAUUCAUGAAGAUGUGGUCUCAAUUUUGAAAAUUGUAUUAGUGACAUCAAUCUCAUUUGUGUACACCACAAAUACUUUCCAAAUUUUUUAACAAAGCUACCUGUUUUCAGAAUUUGCAACAGCAGAAAGCACCGCGAGCGCCUCCCAUCAGCCACUCAUAGCCAUCAUGCUGAAACACCCAACAAUGUAAACGCCAUUUGCACUGGUUUCAUGACCUUACAACAUCCAUGGAGCAGCAGGACAAGGAGCCAACAUGGCUGCCACUGAAAGUCACAGUGGCCAGGCCGUCUGUCAGUGGUUCUGAGAGAAACCAGGCACUGUGUCGGGCUGUCAGGGUCCGUAGUGCCUGCGGUUUAAACCAUGGGGAAACUAAGCGCUCUCCUCACUAGCAUUUCUACCAGGGGCGGGGUCAAUUCUCUUUCAACUGAGUUUGUUUUUCAUUGUGACAGAACUUAAUUUAAUGCCUCCUAAUACAUUCUAACAGAGAAUCUUGUUUUCAUGCCUUUUCCCCAAAGUUUUGUUGUCUAAAACCUUCCUGACGUAGCUCCCCUGAUAUCUAGCCUGUGCUGAACUCCAAAUCUAAUCAACACAUUUUUUCAAACCGUACAUUUUUUAACAGAUUCAGGCAGUUGAAACAGAAUUGAACCCCUAACCGUACCCUCUAACCCACGGUGUCCAUGUCUUAAGUGGGCUGUUUUUCAGCUCCUAUUCUGGACUGAACUUGAUUAUGCAACAUAACGCAGACCUCGCUCCAAGCGCUGUUCUGAACUCAGUAGUAGAGCAUUUGCUGGUAGUUGUACUGCUGAUAUGCAGCUCACGUAGGUUGUAACAAGAACCUUUAAGGGAGGUCAGGAUGCGUAGAAGCCUGUGCUGUCGAUCACUGAACAAAGCCGCCACUGAAACUGCUUUCAGAAUAGACAACAAGAGUUGGACUGUGGAUUGAGGCAGAAACACAGACAGGAACUUAAACUUGUGUAGUGAUGUCUUAAGUCAAGCAACAGGCUGAGUAUGUGAUCAAUGGAACACGCUUUUCACAAUCCUGAUGUGUCCCUUUACAAAAAAAAAAAAAGGCAAGACACAUUUUGCUUUUUCGACGCUGUUCUCGUUGGCAAUUCGGAGUUACUGUUGUUGUUGUUGUUGUUGUCAUUUCAAAAGCUAGUAAGCGAGAGCAAAAUGUUAUACACCUGACUUUUCAUAGUAUAACAACUGAGAUGGACGUGCAGGCUUCCUGUGAGCGGAGUGCAUGCCAUGAACAGGGCAGAUUGUUGUUUGGUCUGCACACUGCAAAAAAAUAUCCAUCUUAGCAAAGUCACUGAAUCUGGUUUUGGAUUUUUUUUUUUUUAUAAGUAAGAUCAGCCUUGUUGAAGGAUAAUUGUCACUCAUCAAGAAAAGUAAAGUCUGGAAACAGGUUUAAAAAUGGUUUCACUUUUUUUUCCAUUUAAAAAAGAAACAUUAGGAAUCUAAACCAAAUUCAGUCACAUGUUUGGAGGGAUUUUGUUCCUUUUUGCAGUGCAGAGCAACACAAUGUUCCCAUUUCUCUUAACAUCCCUGCUUCAACAAAAAAAAAAACAUAGUUACUAAGCACAUGUUUCUAGAAGAGUAUAUGCAUUUGAUUGCAAUUUUCUUUCUUUUGUAAACUGUUGAUAAAGAAAUUAAGGACAAUGACAAAUAAUUAAGAUAAAUCCAUGUACAUAAAUGUAUAUAAUCAAAAAGUGCAGAGUAAAUGUAACGGGUGAAUUUCUAUUUUUAACACUGACUAGAUAAUGUGAAAAAAAUCUUGUUUCUUCUCCCUCUGUUGGUUUGAUGAUGUGUUUCAUCAUGUGUUAUUUUUUUUUCAAAUCUAAUACAUUUGUUUCGUAGUUUCUUAAAAAAAAAUUGGUCCCACUUGUGUUGUGCACACUUGUUGCAUGGUGAGUAGCCUUCUUGUUUUCAUAUAGUGACGUUGGUGAGCAUGUCAGUGUGUGUGAGACGGUAGGUUUCCCUUAACAUUGAUGACCUGAGGGGGGAAAAAAACCCACAUUGAAAAUGAUUAAUUAGAGAGACAACAGAGCUUUAUAUUUCUGCACUGGACCUCAUUUAAAAUAUCACACACAAAAAAAAAUAAAUCAAACAUUUAGUUGGUUUGGGUCAAAAAACAUUUUUUACACUCAAACUCCAAGUGUAUUCAGACAGAAAAUUUCAGGUCAGACAGGGCUCAAAAAUAGAAAUGUUUUUGGUUAUUUUGGGUACACGGGCAUGGAUUUGAUUGCCUCUCCAGAGGCCAGCAGGUUGAUUAUGUUGAAAAGUAACAAAAGUAGUAGAUACAAACAUAUCCAGCCUGUUAUACACUUUGUUUUAUUACAAGAAACAGGAAUCAGCCUAUAGUCGCCGACAGAAAUCCAGUUUGCCAGAUACAAAAUAGACAAUUAGAAUAUGUUAAUGUAUUUUAAUAUAAUGUAUUGAAGGAGUAGAAUUUUAAUACAGAAACCAAAAUCAUUCAUGUGUAAUUGGUUGAUAAUUCACUCAGGUGCUACAUGCUAAAACUUAAGCAUACUGGCGACCUAAAAUAAUUGGUAUCAAUAAUCAGUAAUUACCAAUUCAGGAUAAAAACGACAUCAACAAGAACUUAUCGCACAAGAUUGACUGCAUAGCAGUCGCUAAGGCUGCGUUAUUGUUGAAUGCUAACAAAAUAACUGCUAAUUUAUCUUGGUUGAAAUUAAGAGAUGUUUUUCACAUUUUUCUCUCCAGUACAGUAGCAGAUACCCAUUUAGUUCAGAAUAUGGACAGAAAAACCAAGAACAUGUUUCAGCUGACAAAUGAAUGCCUCUCUGAGAAAACCCAUUGUGUUACCGAAGCUACCUGAGCAGAAGCCAGCUAAGAAAGGAGGCAGGACGUGAGCCUUAUUACUUUUAGCAAGGGCAUAGGGUUGAUUUGAUCAACUGUGAAACAGCUCAGGUCACAUUUUCCUAUCAAUAACUCACUUAAAGGGUCGAUUCACCCAAAUUACUAAAAAAAACAUGUUCUCACUUCUUCGUCUAGUGGUAUCUAGCCAUGGCAAUAGUUCUGGCUUUUUUUCGUCUAGGUAUUGUGAAAUCUGAUAUUUCUGUCUCCAACACAAUGAACUCACUGUAAACAGUUUCAGAGGUUUGAUAAAAUAAUCUUAACUCAGAGUCCACUUACUAGCAUUUGCAGCAGAUGGAGUUUGCUCUGGUGAAGUGAUGACAACUGAAUCAUCUCCAUGACAAUUAAGUAUGGAACUUUGGUCAUGUGAUAACAGGUGAUUGUAGGAGGAGGUUAUAACCUCUGUCUCUGUUUAAAUGGCCGUCGGCGUCAGAUGCAAACAGUGUCCUUGAUGUUUCUCCAGCCGUCCACUGACAGUUUUGAUCUGGGGUAUUGCUUGAAAUCUCAUCCAAAAGUUAAUAAGUGGACUGUUAGUAAAGAUUAUUUUGUCAAAUUACUAUUUCAAGGAUGAACUUUCAUGCUCAGUUUCCAUAGUGAUUUCUUCAGUAGCAUGCCAAUGAAAACUCAAAAGACAGUGGCAUCUGUGGAGUAUUCGGGACAUUUUUGGAAAGACGUGUUGCAAAUUGUUGAAAAAUUUAAGAGAAAUUUCUCAAUCCUCAAAACACCAAAAGAAAUUCCAUUCACAUUGUAUUGUGAUAGAGACAUAUCUCAAAACCUGUCAAAAUAAAACCAAAACUAGAGGUAAAUGAGAACAUGUUUAAAAAAAUAAUAAUAAUAAUUUGGGUGAAGCAGACCUUCAAAAUGUUUGUAUUUAAUUAGAUGGAUCCUAAGCCCCUUUAUUUCUAGGAACUUUUACCCCACGAAGCACAUGUAUGUGUCAUUAUGUAUCUGAAAAUGCUAUUGACCCAUCGCUUUACAAGCACAUUGAGCUCUGGUGACCAUUAUAGCAACAAAAUUGGUAUUUUAUACACAGAGACAAACACACACACACUACAACCCCCAGUGUCACACUGAGUCAGUUGUUACAUCUCAGAGCCUGUUGUCGAUGACCCAGACAAAGUUUUAUCGCUGUGCAGUUGUUGCAGGGAGACUGAUGCAUGUGUUCGUGUUUUUCCUGCUUCCUGUUGGUUUUUCGCGGUUUGUGCAAGCUUGUUUUCCCUCGGUAUUCUUCUAAAUCUUCUGUUCAUGUACAAAGCAGGAAUGUUCAUCUGUGAACAGGCUGUGGAACAUUUAAAGAAUUUUGAGACCUUUACAGGAUAGAGCUCAUGUCUGAGGGGGACGUCACUGACUGUGUCCGUCUGUGUGCGAGUGCCUCGACUCACCACGAAUCACUUUCUCUGCAAAUCAGACAUUUUAGGUAUUUUCUCUUGAAUGCAGUAACUUAUGGGCCAGUACUAUAUUUACUCAGUGCAAUGCAGUUAUCAUUAUAAUAAUACAAUUAUUAAUAAUAUUUUUUUCCUUUUUUUUGUAUUUGUACAGAACAAAUGUGUAAAGAUCAGUGAGGAAAACGUGAGCUUUUUGAUACUGUGACUCAUGGUGUUUGAAAGUCAGUUUCUCCCUGUACAGUUGUGAUUAUUUCCCCCUUCCUCCCUUCUUCUUUUAUAGAAUAAAAAAUGUUUUUGGUGCAAUUUAA